AUGAAUGGACACCGACGACGACAAAGUAUGGCCAUGUCUGCGGGAACGGCCACCAUCAGCGGCGAAAGGACCGUGGAGGAGCGAAUGCAGCCCACGCUAGAUGCAGCAAUCGAAGAGCGGGACAAAGCUGCGCUGAAAGCCAAGGCACAUGCGUGGGCGCUCAACUGCGCCAUCGGUGCACAAGUCGUGUUGGGCGCAUUGACUACCGGUGUCGCCGCGGCAACUACCGGACGUCAGACAUCCAUCGCGACGUCUGUAUUGGGUGGAAUGUCGACGCUAGCGGCCUCCUAUCUUGCAAAGGCGCGGGGGUCUGGCGAGCCCGAGGUCUCGGCGAUCCGGGCUCGCGACCUCGACGGCUUUAUCCGCGACUGCAGAGCGUUCAUGCUUGACAAUGGGUUCGUGGUCGGCCCGGAGUACGACGCGCGGAUCGAGCGGUAUCGCAGACGGUUCGAGGAGAUCAUGGGGAACGGUUCGGGCGGGGUGGGCGACCAGGUGCAGGCGCAACGGGAGAAAGGGAAGUCGCCGGUGUAG